AUGAAUUAAACUACCCCAAAAUCCUCAGGAAUCAAUUAUGCAAGUAAGUGUUUUAUAUAUUAAGAGUUAAGAAAAUAAAAAUCAAAGGAUACUACCAUUCCAAAAUCAAUGAGCAAUAAUCUAAAGUUUGAUAUUUAAUAGAAUCAUUAAUAUGGUAUUCUCAAACAUAGGAGCACAUCACAACACAAUAUACAUGAACAUGUUUAAUCAUAAUAACAAAUACAAUUAUUUGAAUAAUAUUUCAAUCAAUCAAAACAUUUACUACCAUUCAUAGAAUUUGUUACUAAAUAAAUAUAAUAUCAUACUUAACCGAUUCAAGUAUAUUUUUCUUUAUUAACAUAGAUAAAUGCUAACAUUUUCAAAAAUGGUCAAAGAAGAUGGGAUGAUGAAAAACGAAGAAUUCUAAAUGAAUUAAAUUAAUGCAAAGAAGAUAAUUGUUUAUUACAAAGUGAAAUUCAUGAAUUGAAAAGAUAAAAGAAUACUCUUUCAAAACAAUGUGAAAAUCUAUAAGUAAUCAUUGUUUAAGAGAGAUUGGGCAAAUAAUAAAAACAUCAUCAUCAUUUUUACAAAUUUCAAGAAUUGACUAAGAAUAUUCAUGUUCCCACAUAAGAAACUAUCUCAUCAUUAACUGACGAAAGGGUAACCUUAUAUUAAUAUUCGAGUUCGAAAGCAAUGAAACAUCUUUGGAUUCUUCCUUAUCAAAUGAUGAUCAUCAUCAUCCUAAUUAACUGUUUGAAUUAUUGAAGACUGGAAAACACAGAUACUAGUUUUCUAAGAAACUUAAUUGA